GAAACACACAAGCACGCUCUUCUCUUGGGUCGGCACGCUCCUCGCGACAACAGGGCCUUUCGGCUUGGUGCCGCAGGAUUCAACAGGCUUAUAAGCAACAAACGCUAUUACCAUAAAUACAUAUUCGGCUAGCUAUGUUGCAGCGCCUGCGGUUGAGUCGGCUGGCUGGUCGCGUUGCCGCCAGCCACUGCAUUCCUGGUCUUGUGGCAAGCGCCCACGGAGGCAGGCAGCGGCCAGCGGUGUAUGCUAGCACGGUGCCGGCGCGGAGCGGUCUCAAGUCGGAGCGGCGAGGGCCCGCCUCGCGGCGGGCACGGUACGUGCCCACCAGUGCGGUCGCAGCGUCAGAGGCACCGGAGGCCAGCAACGAGCCCAGCACGUCGGCCCCCAGCACCAUCUACAGCCGGCCCGACCUGUAUGAGGUCGCCUUCAGCUACCGUGACUUCAAGGCGGAGGUGAAGUUCCUGCAGGAGGUGUACAAGCAGCACAACAAGCAUCAGCUGUCCUCCGUUCUUGAGCUGGGCUGCGGGCCCGCUCGGCACCUGGCUGGCCUGGCUCGCGGAGGUGUGGCCAAGGUGGUGGGCCUGGACCUGUCACCAGACAUGCUGGGCCAUGCGCGCAAGUCGCUGUCCAAGCAGGGCGGCAAGGCGGCCGAGGUGGUGGAGCUGGUGCAGGGCGACAUGUCGGACUUCGACCUGCCGCACAAAUCAUUCGACAUGGUCAUGUGCCUGCUGGGCACCUUCUCGCACCUACUCGACACCGACCAGGCGAUAUCCUCCUUCCGCUCCGCCGCGGCGCACCUGCGACCAGGCGGGAUACUGCUGCUGGAGAUGGCGCAUCCCGGGGACCUGUUCGAUGGCACGCUCAUCAUCGGCGAGAGCGGCAAGGAGGUGUGGGAGCUGCCGCAGGAGAACGGCGACAAGGUGUUUGUGGAGUGGGGCGCCGAGUUUGACAACUUUGACCCCGUGACCCAGAUCAUUUUCCGCACCGUCACCAUCAACGUGCUGCGCGGCGAUGAUGUGGUUGACUCGGUGGAGGAGGUGGUGCCGUACAGGCAGUACACGGUGCGUGAGCUGGAGCUGCUGGCCAAGCUGGCGGGGCUGGAGCAGAUCGCGCUGUACGGCGAGAUGCGCAUGGGCGUGGACCUGGAGCACGAGGACGCGUACCGCAUGCUGGCGCUGUACCGCAAGCCCUGAGCGGCUGGUGAACGGGGCGUGGGUCAUGAAGGGAGGGGAAGGGAAGGGAGCAGAAGGGAUGAGGCGAAGAGGAGCGGGGAGGAGCAGGGAGGAGGCGAGCAUGGAGGCUCGUGCGGUUGCAUCGCGUUCUGGCACGCGGGCAAGAUCGCGGCGGUGUCAGGCGGGAGGGAGCAGCGAUGGGGUGGAGGAUGGUCAGGGUGCCGGCAGCGGGUGUUGGGGCGUGGGAGAUUCGAAGACUGUGUUGCAGUACAGUCCAGCGCGAAAUAAAAGCUGGGAUUGCUGGCGCUGAUGCGAAGGCGGGCUAGCGGUGUCACGAUGGAUGAUGGUCAAAGGGAGUCUAGGCUCGUGCGGUGGCAGCCAGCAUGCAUGGCUCCACGGGUGUGGCUACGACUUUGCGUAUGCAUGCAGUGGGCGCGACCAGGCCAAUCGCAGCCCGCCGUCUGACCAAUGCAUGGGUAUGAAGGUUCCCCGGCGUCUAUGCGCCAUCUGGCGUUGUCAUGUGGUACUGGGAUGGGGCCAUGGUAUGUACGGCUUCUUGAAGUGGUGGACAUGACAGUUAUGCAGGUGUCUAAUUAAAGCCUGCAUUUACCAACGUGGGAGUUACAUGCAUCUCAUGAACAUGACAUGCACUUAUGCAGCACGGCAUGGCACACAACGUGCAAGUCGAUGUGGGUUCAGCCCUCUUCCUUGCGUAUCGGCAAGCCCCCCUUUUGUUACUUCCGAAGGAGCAGUAAGGUGUACCUACCGGGUCCAGCAACGCCUGUCGCGCUGCAUCUGCCACCCACCGUGAAAAACAUAUGUAUGAUAUCAGCCAUAGCUGCUAGGUCGAUGAAAACCCUGCUCAGUUGUAAGCCCAGGCCUGCCUUGCAUCGUUGCUAGCGA